AAUAUUUAUGUGUUCAAAUAAAUAAAUAAAAUAAAUGGGGAAAUUUCGCAUUCUGAUUAUUUCCCCAGAAUCUACAAAAACUUUGGGGAAAUCCAUCUAUAUUAUUUAGUAGAACACCGAAAUUACUGAGUAUUCUCGAGAAAACCUGAAAAUUUUCCCAACGUUCUCGAGAAGUUAUAUGGUCUUUAUUGAGAAGUACCCAGAAUGUUCUUUGCAUAUAAACGUCUUUCUUUAUCUUUAGUUAAUUUCGCAAAUUUAACGCAAUUCGAAAACAAUUACGCCAUUGUACCCAACAUCAAAAUGUCUGUUGUCGCACACACAUCUAGCUUGUAUUUUUAGAAAAAACUCCAAACCAGGGAAAUUGUUUAGGUUUCUUGUCGCAUUUUCCCAGUUUUUUUUUAAUACAGCCCACUCAAAAUCAUGAGAUAAGGUGAUGAAUUAGAACUUAUGAACUACAGCUACUUAGUUUGUUGCAUACUUUCUGUACCAAUUAUUUGUGUGCCUUAUAUAAGAGAGGAAAAUAUCACUUCACAAAGUAGGUUACUAGAGUCUUUCUUCUAAUAUCCGCCUAUUUACGCGUUCAAAACUGUGGCGUCCAACACUUAUUUCGGUUCGACAGCUUGAGUUACCGUUGAUUAGCGUACAAUAUAGAAAUCGUUUCUCGAUACUGAUUUACAUGUCAGAAUUGCUCUACGAAAUUUUUAUCAAAUGAUAGUUAAGAUACUUUAGAGCGACCCGUUAUUCAGAUUAACAUGUCUGCCAAUCCUGACUUUCCUGUCAUGAAUCGCCUAAGUAAAACAAAUGGUCAGGACAAAGUUCAGUCUAUUUCAAUCAGAAAUUUACCGGUGGAUGUAGAUGACAAAAUGCUGAGGAGUAUUAUACCUUCGGCUAAAAAAAUCAGUUCACACAAGCAAACAUUUUUUAUCACAUUUUCUACUGUGAAGGGCUAUACAGAUGCAUUACGUCGUUUAAGAAGAGUCGACUUCAAUGGAGUUAAGCCAACUGUAAAAUCUAUUUGUCGACCAUCACAAUCCAAAAAUGUAAUUCAGCCAGAAAAUGUUGAAUUAACUGUUCAAAACCUGCCUCAGUCGACUACACUAACUCAGCUUAAAGUAGAAUUUCCUACAGCAGUAUCUAUAAAAUUAAAAACUGAUAUAUGGGAUGUACAGAAAAGGUCAUGUUUGCUAAAAUUUCAAUGUUCAGAAGAUCUCGAAGAUGUAUUUGAAGAUUGUCAUCACAAAUUAAUUGGAGGUCAGACUAUUAAAGCUAUAAUUGGUGUUCAAUCAACUCUUCAUUAUGAAUCCUGUGGUGCUGAUGAUACACAAGAUAUUCAUGGGUUUGAACUUGUUAGAGUACUAUCAAACAUUGACGAUGAUAAAAUUCGUAAACAAUUUCCUGAAAAUACUAUAAUUGAUUAUCAUUCAAUACCUAAUAAUGAUUUAGUCACUAGAAAUGUGUUUAUUCGUUUCGUAAAACAAGGAUUCAAUUGGCCACUUAUUAUGAUGUUAAAAAACAAUGUAUUUAGUGGAUUUCCUUUUGAAUGUCGACCAUGGAGUGAGUGACAAUAUGUUGUGUUAUAAGAUAUUCUGUAGUUGAUUAUAUAUGUUGUGUUAUUUAAUAUUUUCUUUCUCCAAACGUGAGAAUUAAUCGAUAAAAAUUCACUAUUGUUUCUUAGCUUUCUAAAGUUCGAAGCUGAUUUUUUUAAGCUUGUUGAAUUGGGUGUUCAAACAUCUUCCUUUGGAGUAAUGCGUGUAACUUAAGGCGUAAUGAACGUAGUUCUGUUUUGAUGAUCAAAGGCUAUAUAUUACUAUCUGAAGUCCUCAAUGGCUAUGCUUAUAUUGAUCAUUGCCAGGACCUAUUUAAUGCGCAGAUGCUUCUAACCAUGAGUAAAUAUAAACUGGGAUUCAGGUAAUAGGUGGAAAAAAUCAAAGUAUGGACACUACGACAGGAUAAAAGUAAAAAAUGACCAAUUGACAGAACAAGUUGUCAACCAUAUGUGGAGAAAUUCGUAUACCUCACUUCUAACUGAAGUUUAUGCUGAAUUCGUUCAGUUAAAUAAUGAAAACUUCACGUCUCAGAGAACGAAACCUCAGCAGAACAAAUUGACACAUCUUCCUCAUUAGAAUGCGAGGUAUAACAGCCUUUUUGUAAUUUGGAUUUGAGAAGAAAUGAAGUUCUAAACUUUGGAGAAGUUAUAAACUGGCAAUCCGAGCGUUUUGAUUUUUUUCUGAUUUAAAUCCCAAGGCAUUCUUGCAAGUGAAUAGUUGUGAUUUAUUUAUGUUCAAUAACGAUUUAUGAUUAUUUUAUCAUAAACGUGUUUUUUGUAACAUGUGACUUUGUGGACCAGUUAAAAAGAUGAUCACUGUUCAUAUGGACUAGAAAUAGUGACAUCGAAAUCUAAUCCUCUUUGUCGAGUAAUGAAUUAGUUGUUGAAGCACUCGAUCUUUUUAAACUACUGGAUUAUGGAUUUGAUGUCAAUCUUUACUUAUUUAGUUUGUCCAGUCGAUUGAUGAGGUGAUGAUUCUUCAUAAACUGAGGUGAUUGGAACAUAUGUUGCAUGUGCCCGACCACUGCCUACCUCAAAGGGCGAUGUUUUCCAGUAUAAGGAAGGUUGUAAGAAAGCUAUGAAAGCGGCCAAACCAAAACACGGAAUCAGUUCAUGAAGUCGCUAACAACUGAACUUGGCUAUGUUAAUAGGUGUAGACUAUUGAUUGUUUGGGGUCCGCGUGGUUAUCGAAACCAAUGGUUUGGAAGUAUGGAUAACAUGGUUCAAAAUUGUAUACAAUGGCGCAGAUGCAUCCGUUCUCCGAAUUUUGAGAUCCUAAAUUUCCCAUAACCUUAUAUUUUCUUUUCAAAUAUCAUCUUCGACGCCUAAUUUCUUUAUUAGCACUGAUGUUGUUACCACCUCUAAUAUUCUGACAAUCGGCCUGACAAUUCAAUUUUUUGUGGUAAUGAAGUAUAACUACUUCAACUGAUGCACAUACGUACCAGGUUAUACGUUGUGACUGACUUGUAGAGCUUUGAUCACACCAACUCGGAGUUAGGGAUUUAAUCAUGUUUCGUUGAAGAUUAACUGAUCAGUUUCGCCAGUGAUUUGUUCUUUAGUUAUCUGUAAACCACAAAUAUUUGUUCAAAAUCACUUCAGCGUUAUAUAUUAAUGAUAUUAAAGUGGCAAUAAUUAAUCCCAUUUCGAUCAAUCUGACAGGUUCACUCAGUUAUUCUAAUAACUUAAGUAUUGAUUUUUGCUCCAAACAGUGUAAUAAAACUUGAAAUAAGUUGAUCAUAUCUCUAGUGUGAAAUGUUAUUUAAAAAAUAAUAGCGUGGACCAAUAUUUGGUUUGCGUUUGCCAACCAUUACACUUCAGAUAUUCACUUAGUCCUGUUGAAUUAGUAUUUUUAAGAUCUCGAUAUUUGUCUUUAAGUUUUGAUAACUUACGUAGCUCACCUCUCUGAAUUACGAUCCUUUCGAAGUGUUAGUAAAGUUCUAAAUAAUAAGUUCGUUCUCCAUUCUAGUUUUUAAACAUAAUCACUGAACUUGAGGAAUUUCAUUCAAUGUAUCAUAUUAAUAAAACAGCCACUAAGUGAGGUUACGAUGACGUACACGUUUUCAUUACUUAUCUUAGAUGUACAGACAUUUUAUUAUUUUUUACUGUUAACGCCGUUCUUGUUGUCUGGAUUUCCCAACUAUUUUAUGCAGGUAGUAAUAGAUUAUGCUUUGUGUAAAUGAAUAUUUUAACCGUGUUUUUUCCUGAAAAUGAUUGGUUGUCUAUUUAUAUUGUCAAUAAUGAAUAUAAGUACGUACGUGACGAUCUCGAAUCCUAUUUUGCCGACAGUAUAUAAAAAACUGCACCUCGUCGACUCUCGAACUUCGUAGGUAUUGAUGAUACCUACAAGUCUCACAGAAGACAUUAGAUUCCCUAAUGAACGUGAUUCCAGUAGCGUCCGGAGGAAAUUCCAAACUGGUCGAAAAUUUUUCUACCUUUUUUCUGUUUUGACAAGUGUAUCAGUAUGGUGUUCCAUCGUCGUGUUUAUUCAAACAAACAUUGGUACAAUGAGGCAUCAAAUACAUAUGCGCCACACAAAUUAUUCGAUUUCUGCGAGAGUUGGAACACUACUCGGGUGCGCAAACCAGAGUAGGUGUUCUUCUUAGGGAGCCACUACCUGAAACUUUGACCAAGAGCUCUGAUCCACAAGGCAGUAGAGCAACCCUGGGAAAUGCCGUCCCAUGGUAACCGGUGACUAACAAUAGGUUCAUACACCUUUCGUUUAAACAGGAUCCUGGAGCCCAUGUGCACCAUUGGUUUGGAAUCAGGGUUCUCCAGCUAACUCUUUUAGAUGGGUCCUCCAUAUCCACCACCAGGCACUGGACAUUCGCUUUUCGUAUUUUCAAUUUCGUAAACAGCACCCUCUCCACGAAAAGGCAGUGAGUAGUUCUCUCGCAAUUGCUGUAUACGCGUGUCCAUGUGAGAGUAUUUCUGAAGUGAGAGAUGAUGCUCCCAACCCUCGGCGUACCAGGGCAUUUUGGUAGUGACAUUCCUACCAUAAAUAAUCAUCUCUCUACCAACCAUCGGAAAGCCUAUCGUACAACGUACUAUUUAUAUAGCACCCAACGUUCUUCGGAUGGUAAUUUUGCUACAUUAGACGAACAUGCUUCUUAUAGAGUAUUUUAGCUAUCAGAUUAUAAUUUUUUCUGCAUCUUAUGUGCACGGAAAACAUUGAACUUGAAAUAUAAACUUACUCCAGUUAUACAAAUUCGUCCAGAUUACACCACUGACUAAAUCCCAUUAAAGAGAAUGCCGUUUUUCAUUAAUCUUUAAAAAAAACUUUGCAGAAAAAUAGUGACCUUAAGGGUUUGGACCACGAAGAAUACUGUUGUCUUCGGGACAUCAACACAUGAUGAUGUCGAUGUUCAUCUUAAAUCAAAAAUGUCCGAUUUUAUGUUGCGUAUUCCAGUCAUUCUAAAGUGCCUACUAGUUGAAUGCUAACGUGCAUGAGUUAAGUAGAGAAGUAUGUGAUAUUAAUCUGUAAUUCGGACUGACUCGCGUUAAUCCGAAAGCUUAGCAACCGUUCAGUAUUGAAAUUGAUAAUACAGUUGAUUAUGUUAACAAACCACUAAGUAAUAUAAUAUUCCAUACAAGAAUGUGUGCUAUCCUUAUAGAUGUCAUUAUUAUCAUACUCAACGUAUAACCUAACACAAGGGCAUCGGUUUAAGUUGCCAUAUCACAUUAGCACAGCGAGAUAAAAAUAUUUCAAGAGAAAUCCUAAACUAUUAACCGUAUCUGUAGUAAAAAUAAGAUCUAGAAAGAUUUCAACACUCGGAGAAAAAAUGUGUGCACCUGUGCAUUUGGUCUAUGUCAUUCAAAAUCUCUUAACAUUGGUUACUAUGAUCACGUUAACUUUAACCAAGUAGUCCACAACUAUUUAUUUUAUAAAAGUCAAUGCUUUUCCAGAUGCUAAAUCCAGUUGCUGUUUCAGCACUUCACUAGUCCCCGUAUCGAGUGUGAGGCAGGUACAAAAAACAAUGUAAGAUGGUCGCGCGACAUCAUGAAUUGUUUGAAGCUAGAUAUUAACAUUGUCGGAUGAAAACCCAGUCGCCUCAAGUCCCGCUAGCGUUAUCGUGGAUGUCCCAUAUUGUGACGAAACGGCUGUCUAGUGGUUCCAGGUUUCCAAUGGUGGUUCAUAAUUUCAAUGUAAUAAUUAUCUUUUGCGGAUUGAUAUUAUUCAUUGCUUGGACAUAAAACCAGUAACAAACCUAUUUACCGUCUCUCCGAUAUUCCCCCCUCUUAAGCCGGAUUUCACAUAUUGCCGCGGCUCCUGAACUUAAUAUUUAGGCUUUUGCUACUAUGUUAGAGACCCGUUUUAUGAUUGGUCGUUCCGAAGUUUUAAAUAACGAAUAUUGAAUUUCACAGUAAUGAAUUAAAUCUGAUUACAAGAUUUUGACCCAAAAGUAACACACCAGUCAGUUUACUAAAAAUUUUGUGAACUUGACCUUAAGCAAUAAUUGCUACUGAAUGUUAUUAAUUGUUCUAGUGUUUAUAAUGCUGGGAAAGUUCCACCAAUUCAUUCUUACUAUUGUUUGUUUCGAAAAAGCCAAUUCUAUGUUUUAGAAGCAGAAUGAAGAGAAUAACUGGACAAUCAUGAAUAUUACAAUGUAGGGAAAACAAAACAUUUAUUUUUAGAAAUAAACUAGUAUUUUACAAAGAAAAUUUAAAGGAUUUUUUGUAGUUAUGUAUAAUUUUACAUGUUUAUCUUUGGUACUUUUAAAUAAAAAAGUUCCAACCUCC